UCCGAGAUCCGUGAAGUGAUUGUUCGGCGAACGGCGAACGUGUGUGUAUUUGUAAUUGAUGGUUUUAGUUACAGAGAAGUUGCUUCCUUAGCAAUGGCAAGGCUGUGUGCAUAUUAUAGUUUAUGCCCAUUAAUUGACCAGAGAAGUUUAUUAGGCGUAGCCGAAGAUUCAACAAGUGGCUGUGUUAUUGUAACUCUGGGAAAGAAUAUAGUUAUCCGAUACAAGUUGUUGCAUCAGAAACAAAUUAGCAGCUGGAGUAGUAGGGAAAAACUUUCAUCUCCAGUAAUAUAUGAUGCAGUUGGAAGUCAGUAUGUUGCAGUGUUCAAUCGAAGCCAGUUAAGGCUGUGGACGGAAAAUGAAGAAAAUUUGGACAAGAUAAAGAAAAUUAAGUUCCACCAACAAAUUCAUUGUGUUAUACCACAGACAGAGGGAAAUGAACCAUUAAUACUGUUCAGUAAUGGAGCAGUCUGUCCCCUAAGAACUGCAGUGGAGAGCCGGAAGAAGGAAAUUGACAGUUCAUUACUGGAUGCUAAUGAAGUUAUAGAAGAUUACCGUCUAGUGGAAUAUGAAAACUUUACAUUCAUAACUCUUUUCUGUCGCAACUCCUCAGAUGUUCCACACUUCUGUGUGGUUCCAGUUUCAGGGGAUAUUCAAAGUAUGAAAUUGAAAGUGGAAUGGAAAAAUUUCCGCUUAAUGGGACAGACUGUGAUGAAACAGGACUCUUCAUGUAAUUUUCUUACAUUAUGGUCCGAUGGGAGGUUGUGCUCAUUGCCAUUUCACCCUCAGCCCAGCCCGGAGCUACCUGGCACUCUUGUGAGCAUAGUUAGAGCUGUUAGCACAAAGCAUCCUGUUGCACUGGUUCCUCUGAGCUCCAGUCACAUGGCAAUAUAUGGUGCUGACCCCAGUGAAGAAGGAGCAUCUCUUACCAUUUAUAAUGUACAGUUUGGUGUGGUACAGUCCCGACACCAUUUCAAGUUAUUUGCAUCACCACCUCGGCUAUGGUGCGCUGGUACCAAUCUCUUGAUAGCAACAGCACACAAUCUAGUUGUAGUACCAUAUAGGCUCGAAGCACAGCAACUCUCUGCAAUGGUUGGUGCACACUGUAGUGGCAGUGCACAAGAAGAGCAUGAUUCAGAUGUGCAGGAGUUGCAUCACACCCUGUGCUCCAACUGGGUGGCUAAUGGCAGAACAAAAGAUGCCCCUUCAAGGUCAAACCCGCAGAUUCCAGAAGCUCUGAAGGAACAGUUGCAAGCUCUUGAAGCUGAAGGUUGCUGUCAGUCAAUGAUGGUGCAAAAACUUCUUCCACAGCUGCUAAAAGCCAGUGCCAUAUCAGAACUGAACUGGUGCAUAAAAUAUUUUACAGACAUUCCUGAAGGUUCACUGGUUCAAAUAAUUCUCUUUUGCUUGGAGAAUGUUACCAAAACUGAUAAAGAGGGACCAUACCAUAAGCUGUUGAACACUGUACUUCAUGCACCGUUCAGUGAUGUCUGCAUGCUGCCCAGUGUACGCACUGCUCCGUUGCAUCUCACCCUCUCUCUUCUUCACUAUUUGGCUGAAGAGAUUGAGGCAGAUGUACCAGAAGUGGAGUUGUAUAAUUUGAUAGAGUGGGCCAGUCUGCUGCUGGAUGCACAUUAUCAACGCUACCUUCUUUCUGGAGAUCCUCAGGUUCUUAAACUACUGCUCAGAAUUCGUGAGCUUGUUGUAAACCAGAUUGAUCAUAUGAAUGAACUAAACGGGCUGCUACCCCUUUUGCAGCAGCUUCAGGAAGGAAAAUUAUCGAAGCCACAGUUUGUUAACAAGCUGUACUCCAUAGAAUCGUUGCGGUUGUACUGACAACAUACAUGAUUUCAUCAAUAAAAGGAAUUAUAUUUUCAGAUUCAGCCAUAAGUCCAGUGAGAAGCGGAAUAUGCAAGUGAAAGGAGGACUGCAGCAUAAACUGUGGUGAUCAUCAUGUAAAGCGAAGAAGAUGCAAUUAUGAGGUGCAAAGAAUAAUCUAUUCUUUCUCAUACCACAAUUUGGGUAAAUAUAUAAUAAUACAAUUAAA